AUGAUGGAACAUGUGUUACAAUCAGCGACACGUGACACGGGUGGAAUGUUGGAAUCACCGUAAAUUAACCCUAUGUUCUUCCCGUAAGGUAGGUAUAUUCGGAACGCGCAUUCUAACUUCUGUUCCUGUUCCUUAUCUGAUUGAUUAAAGUCUUCUGAUGCAAACCUUCUCGCGUGGGAUUCCUUUCCUGGGGCCGAAGAACUUCAACUCUUCGCACAAACAGCCCACCCGAGCGUCUGGCAGGGGAUAGGAAGUCGAACUAGCAUCCCGCCUUCGAAGCAAAGGCCACCUGGGGUUGUUUGCUUCUUCAUCUCCUCUUCCCAGGACCUACAGCGUCCCGGAUCCCAUCAAAAUUGUGCGGGUGACAAGUAGAUUGAAUUCAUAUUUUCCAUGGCUUCCUACAGGCGGCCUCUGCAAAUACCAGCUAAAUGUGCUCAAUUGUCCUCAUCCAUGGCGUUGCCAAGUCGCACCCGAUGGCUUAGCCUAUGUCGCUCGCAUACAUUUCAUCCUGGUUCCCCUGGACUUUGGACCAAUGAUGGAACUUGAAAGACGUUGGAAGCGAUUUUAGCUUCAUAUUUCAGUUUCAAUUCUUGAAUUCUUAGGUUGAAACUGUUGAUGUGGCUGUAGUAGGGCUUGCUCUGUUCUGCGGUUUACUUCUUCGUUGCAUUGUUUUUUUGAGGUCGCCUCACCCCUCGACCAUUUUGUACGGGUAUCUUGCAAAUUGCCAUUCUUACUUAAAAGGCUGGAUACCCGUAGCUCAGCAGAAACGAGCACCAAGAAAACAACGACCACAUUUAAUGCCAGAAAAGCAAAUAUGUCUCUGACUCGCUUCACUUUCGCCCUUACCCUCUUACUUCAACUCGUCUCUGCUCAUUUCUCCGUUAAAUAUCCUUUCUGGCGUGGUAAUUCCUAUUCAACUCAGUGGGAGAGACCAUGCGGAGGUGUCAAUGUGACAACCAACCGAACGGAAUGGCCCGUUAACGGCGGCUCUCUCCUCUUCAAUCCUACCCACCCCUGGGCCAUAACCUACGUGAACCUUGGCCUUGGUUCUGACGAGUCAGUUAUCUUCAAUAUUUCUUUGGUUGACGCGUUCAAUCAAACCGGGAAUGGCACAUUCUGCUUCCCAAAAAUCGAAAUUCCAGGAGGGUUGGGCAUCACCGCUGGGUCCAAUGCGAGCGUUCAAGUUAUCCAAUUAUCGAAACUGGGGUCCGCAUUGUAUAAUUGUGCCGAUAUCACCUUUGCCGACGACGUCGAGCUUCUCUCUGCCGAUAUGUGCACCAACUCUUCAGGCAUCGGCUGGAUGCCCAUUGGCGCAGCAGCAGCCACAAACAAUACUCCUCCCGACAGUGGGGUGGGAGCAACACUUUCAAUCGACCAAACCGCUAAGACCUUGGGUCUUGGUGCGAUUAUGGCGCUGCUAUUCUGGAACUUGCAGUUCUAGUCCAAGGGCCGUCAACAGCCCAGAACGCCAAAAAUUCCCGAGUCUUGAAUACGGAUAUUUCUUACUAUACGCACACCAUUAACUAAAAAUAGGAACUUGCUUGCUACUUGAAUAGUUUAUGGUGAAUGGGUGAAUGGGUGAUUGGUGACUUCAAUUAUUUGGAGACAUGUCUCGAUGGAAAGAAACUAUGUAUAUGUACUGGCAGAAGCGAGAAUUGGGCGAAGAUAUUGCAAUAUCUAUCGAACCCAUACUUGGCUCUAUACUCUCAAAAACAUAUUCCGUGCAAAGCGAUUUUGUAAGUAAUGGAGCAGCUACUACUCAAAUUCAAAUAGCGAUGAUUCUCUAUCAAGAUCGCAACUAGAUAACUUCGCAGUAGUAGGGAAUCAAACGUCAAACAAGGAAAGACAACAAUCGUCAGAUCAUUCCAGUGACCGAGAUUCUGACCGCAGUUUGCAAGGAGGUCUAAAAUUCCUCAGAGAUCCAGUAAGGUACACGAUAACGAAUGAAAUAUGAGGUCAUGUCAGCUAGCUGUGGAAGCCAAAGUGAGGUUGUGAAGGAGGUUGAACAUUGCAAUUGGGGCCUUUCGUCCUGCAUAUUGUUCACCUUUCUUUCGAAGUGGUUCACGCAGUAGUUAAUGCUGCCUCAGCAAUUUCUCCCUUUGUGACUGCUUUUGUUGUCAUGCUUCAUAGGGAGCUUGAAUUGACCAAUAUUCUCAAAGAUCGAGAGUAGGAAGAAAUUGACUGGGUGCAUGUAUUGCCCAGAUUUUGGAACAAUGUUAAGACGUCCACACUCCUGUUCCCUAGGGCCUUUUUAUUCCGACUCCGGGUAGAUUGGAAUAGAGAUAUCGCAUGCUACUCGCCCGUUCAACUGUCUCCCCAUGAAUUCUCCGACGUCGACCCUCAUCUACACCCCUGACCAUAAUUCGAGUGGUCUAUGUGUCCGGCAAUUUCUAUAUCUAUUUUGUGUCAUC